UAUGCCAUAGUUUGUAGUUAGCAUUUUAGGUCUACACAGGAUGGUCAUAAUAAUCAUUGAUGCUAAAUGAGAUGGGAGCCAGAUGUAGCAGAGAUGAAUGUAUUAGCCAAGUAGAUCCAGGGGAGAAAGAUCAUUGUACUUGAGUUAACAACAGUACAGACAGAAUGUGCAGUGUUUGGUGAGCUGAACAACUCUUGUUGAGGGAGUCUGACUCUGAGCUCAUGACAAGAUAAAUUCUCUGAGAUAAUAUGAAGAAAACCAGCAGAGGUGACAUUGGGGAGCACAAUAGCAAUCAAACAAGUGGACCUAGGAUGUCAAGACAGUAAAAUUUGUUGGUAGAGCUGAGUGUGAGAGGGACUUAUGAUCUGGAUAUACCCACUACUCAGGCAGGCAGGCAGUCAUUCCAUGUGUCUGCUAGAUGCUGUGCAUGAAGCCCAACAUGUAAGGAACAGUAUUACCUACUGUAAGUGAGCAGCAGUCUGUUCUCCCUGGCCUUUAUUUCCUAAGAGACUUAAAAGUAGGGAAGGAUAGGUUAGCGAGAUGGCUUAGCAGUUAGAGCACUCAUUUGGUGGCUCUCAACCAUUCAUAACUCCAUCUCCAGGGGAAUUACACUUUUUUCUAAUCAUGACACCUCCAUGGGUACUACAUGCAUGUAGUAUAUAUACAUGUUGACAGAACACCUCCAUCACAUAAAAUAAUACACAAUUUAAAAAACUAAAAUAAACUCCUUUUGUGACUGGCGCCAGACGAGGAUGGACCACCAUGAAAGCCUCGGGCACACUCCGGGAGUACAAGGUGGUGGGGCGCUGCUUGCCCACCCCGAAGUGCCACACACCACCACUGUACCGAAUGCGCAUCUUCGCGCCCAACCAUGUGGUGGCUAAGUCCCGCUUCUGGUACUUCGUGUCACAGCUGAAGAAGAUGAAGAAGUCAUCCGGGGAGAUCGUGUACUGUGGGCAGGUAUUCGAGAAGCGCCCCCUGCGCGUGAAGAACUUCGGCAUCUGGCUGCACUAUGACUCCCGCACUGGGACACACAACAUGUACCGUGAGUACCGCGACCUGACCACUGCUGGGGCUGUCACACAGUGCUACCGAGACAUGGGUGCCUGGCAUCGUGCCCGUGCACACUCCAUCCAGAUCAUGAAGGUGGAAGAAAUCGCCGCCGGCAAAUGUCGCAGGCCGGCUGUCAAGCAGUUCCAUGACUCCAAGAUCAAGUUCCCGCUGCCCCAUCGUUUUCUGCGGCGCCAGCACAAGCCUCGCUUCACUACCAAGAGGCCUAACACCUUCUUCUAGACCCAGAGACCCACUGAAUAAAGCUCCAGAGUUCAAAAAAACAAAAAACAAAAAAAAAAAAAAAAACUAAAAUAAAUAAGAAAGGAUAUUGUGGUUUGGUCCUAGGAAAUCACUUGUAUGCUAUUUGAAAUGUCUCUGCUAAACACUUGUACAAUGGAUUUUAUUCAGCUUGAUGUAAUCAUAAAUCCUCCUUUAAAAUGGUGUUUGUACUUGGAUCAGAAGUUAGUGCUGAAAUGGUCAGGCAGUUCAGUCCUACCCACCAAGAGUUCCCAGAGGUUCUUGGAUUCAGCUCUUUUGUUUUAGCUGUUGCUUUCAGCAAUUCAAUCUAUUUCAUAAUAGGAUUUCUGUGCUUGUUGUCCAUGUCAACCUUAAUGACAGGGCAAGUAGGGAGUUUUUAUCAAUAAAUUACUUUUUGUGUGACAUUUCUGAGAUGCUCAAAAACAUUAAUUGAUCACAACAGGACUCUGACAGACCAAAGAAAAGAUUUCAUUUGAGUCUAGUUUGGUGAACCAGUGAGAUAAUUUGGGUACUUAGAGGAACAUGGGUUACUGAAAGGCAUCUGCAUCACCAAAAAGACCCCAGCAUGAGUGACAGCUUAGGAAAUCUACAUCCCUGGAGUCUCCACUUCAGUCAGCCUUUUGUAACCCCACCCCUUGUCUUCUCCACAAACAACUGGGGUGGGUUCAAGAGGGUGUGGUAGCUAGAAUUUCAUGUUAGAGUCUACUCAUGAUCAUUCCUGCCCCUUUUAUGAGAGAAUAUUAAUAGGUCUUAUCUUGUGAGGGUCUUCUGGGGUGUGAGUACACUGUUCUAUUCAAUACUGCAGUGGCUGUGCCAUGCCCAGAGGACAAUUCCACAGUACUUCUCCCAUGCCUUCUCUGCUUGGCUUUAUGAUAAUUUUUGAUUGGAUCCACACUUUACUUUUUAAUGUUUGUGAUUAUGUAAACAUUGCUCAUUAUGGAGUACAUUUAUGUAAUACGAUUCUAUUUUCUUUUUUGUUCAAGUUCUGUUUUCUAAUUUUCUUGAACUUAAACUUUCUACAACCUACACUUCCCAUUGGCUUUGAUCUAGCUAAAGGUCCUUACCCUCUCUGUAAGCUGUGAAGCCUUCCCAAGAAUAUAGCCAGGUAACCUCCCGCUAGAUUGCCUGUCUUUGACCCCC